UCGAAGUCCCAACUUAAGCGCCCCAAUCGACGGCGAAAGCGAGAAGGCGUUCACCUCUCUGAUUCCUCGAUUAGAUCCCAUCUCGGAUCCCGCCGUAAAUCUCCUCUCCUGCAGAUCCCGCGUGGUCCUCCGAUCUUUUGCUGCAUCGAGCCCGUCUCCACGAUCGGUUAUCGCUUCCGGCAGGAUGAAUAACCUCCUCUCGGAUUCCUUUGACCUACCUCGAGAUGAGCCUCCAAGAGAUGGAGACAUUGAAUCAGGACUGCAGCAUCCAAAGAGUGCUGCAGAACAAGGAUUGGAAGGUUUUUUUAAGCAGGUUGAAGAAAUUGAGAAACUAAUUGAGAAGCUUGCAAAGCUAUCCAAGAAUCUUCAGGCUGCAAAUGAGAAAUCAAAAGCUGUUACAAAGGCAUCUGAUAUGAAAGCAAUCAAGCAGCACAUGCAGAAAGAUAUUGAUGAAGUGGGAAAAAUUGCACGGUUAGCGAAGUCAAAACUCGAAGAACUGGACCGAGAUAACUUGGCGAGUAGACAGAAACCAGGAUGUGGGAAGGGAUCAGGUGUUGAUCGUUCCAGAACUGCAACCACUAUAGCACUGAAAAAGAAGUUGAAAGAGCGCAUGUCUGAAUUUCAGACUCUGAGGGAAACAAUCAAGCAGGAAUACCGGGAGGUUGUAGAAAGAAGAGUAUUUACAGUAACUGGUAAUCGAGCUGAUGAAGAGACAAUUGACCAUUUGAUAGAGACAGGAAAUAGUGAGCAAAUAUUUCAGAAGGCAAUCCAAGAGCAAGGACGAGGCCAGGUGAUGGACACACUUGCUGAAAUCCAUGAGCGCCAUAACACUGUAAAGGAUCUAGAGAGGAAGCUUCUUGAACUGCAACAGAUUUUUGUUGAUAUGGCAGUUCUGGUUGAUGCUCAAGGGGAAAUUCUGGAUAAUAUUGAAUCUCAGGUUUCGAGCGCUGUGGAUCAUGUCCAAUCUGGGACAGUUGCUCUCCAGAAGGCAAAGAAGCUGCAGAAGAACUCCCGCAAAUGGAUGUGCAUAGCCAUAAUCAUUCUUCUCCUAAUUGUUGUUAUCAUUGUCGUUGCCGUAAUUAAACCAUGGAGCAAAGGUGGAUAAAGAUGAGAAAGCGUGACCAUGUAAUAAAAUGAGGCUUGCAGUUUCAAUAUUCGUGUUUUAAUUGAGCUGGAAAUAGGUGCUCAUCAUUUAUAUCCUGUCUUAAUUAAUUGUAUUCUUGUUGGUACAUAUAUAUAUGAUCAGGAUUUGAAUUGUAAAAAUAGUUUAUUUACUUUUAUGAAUAAAGCUGUAUACAUUCAUCUUCUUUA